AUGGCUAGCUCCGAGCGUCAGGCAGUAGUGACCAAGGAGGCACCUGGCCCCUACCCAGCCCUCUCCCAGGCUGUGGUUCACAACGGUUUGGUCUUCUGCUCAGGAUCAAUUGGAAUGGAUCCAGCCACAAAUACUAUUGCUGAAGGAACAAUCGCCGAACGUACAACACAAGCCCUUACAAACCUGAGCAAGGUUUUACAAGCUGCAGGUUCAGGAUCAGAUAAGGUCCUCAAGGUCAUGAUUUAUGUGACCAGUAUGGAUGAUGUUCCACUCAUGAAUGAAGCAUACAACAAAUUCUUCGCUGAGCCGAGACCGGCAAGGGCCUGCAUAUGCGUCAAGGCGCUGGCCCGGGGAACCGAUGUUGAGAUGGAAUGCACUGGAUUCAUUUGA